ACAUGACACUAGUCAGUAGAAAAAUGACCAGCAAGGUUCUUAGUGACCAGUUAAGAGAUUAUGGCACAAAUGUUUCGCCCAGGACCAUCAGAAGAACCUUGAAUGGACAAGGUCUUCAAGCAUGCAGGCCUACAAAAAACAAAAAAUAACACCAGCAAUGGCUAAGAAGAGAUUGGAAUGGGCCAAAGGCAUUCGGUUCACUGAUGAUGAUUAGAACAAGAUGACAACAUCAAGUAGAACUGCUUCAAGUAUCUUUGCCAAUUAUGCCAGAGAGAUCGAACUUCACUGGAAGUAUAAAGAAAGGCAGAGGAAGCAAUUUUUGUUCAAUUCACCUCAGCUCCAACUUCGAAGUCACUUGGUCGGAUGGCUUAAAAAUAUAUCUGAAAAACUGAAAGUGUCAUACAGAACUAUACAUCUAGCUGUUUACAUACUUGAUACCUUUAUGGAUAACCAUUCAAUUUCCAAAGAUCGACUUGGGUUUGUCGCUCUUGUUUGUCUGAUGUUGGCAGCUAAAUUUGAAGAGCUGGAUUCGAAGAUUCCAAAAAUCUCAGAACUGAACAAAUACGAUGGGUACCGCUAUUCUAGUAAGGAUUUCAUAAGUGUGGAGGUGAUGGUACUCAAGUUUUUGGACUUCGGGCUGACUCAACCAACGAUCGCACACUUUGCCGAGUAUUACACCAUGGUCACCAUCAUGCCUCAUGACCUCAAGUCUGUGAAAUUCUCCUUCCGCCGUUUGGCUGACAUUGCUUGCAACAUGGUUGCAGAGCUGUUGGAUAUCUGUUUAAAAGAAGUGAGAUUCCUGCAGCAUCCACCAUCAAAGGUGGCGGCAGCUUGCAUCCUGGUGACUCGGAAACGUCUGAGCUUGUCCCCAGCAUGGACUCCUGUUCUCGCUGAGGUUACCGGCUACAAGGAGGACAGCCUCAACUUCUGCACCAACCUACUGAUGUGUAAAAUACAACAGGAGAACGUGCGCAGGAAGCAGUGGGUCAACUCCCCGGAUCAUGGAUAUAUAUCAGAUGCUCCUUAAAUAUGCCACUGUUGAAACCAGUCUUAUAAGUCUGAUCUGUUUUGUUAUUUUGUAGUUAAGACUAAAAAAAGUGUUAUUUAUUUUUAAUUUUUGUUUGUUAAGUGAUAUGUAAACAUUGAAGGCUGAUGCAUCUGUGAUUUAAUAUCGUACACUAUAUUUAUAAAGUAAUUCUUACUAUAGUAUUAUUUUAAAAUUAGUCAGUUUGAUUUACGAUUAGAUCUAAGUAGUUUGAAACAUUAUUUUUUAUUGUUCUGUAGCCAAAGUUGUUUUUUAGUUUGUUAAAGUUGCACGUUAUUAGGUGAGCAAAAGCUUAUCUUGUGGUGAGCCUUAAGAUGAUAAUCUCUAGUGAUCAAUCUUUGUUGCAGUGUCUUUGUUAAAAUUUAUAAGUAAGUAUAAUUAAGAGUUUGUAAUUAAAGGACAUAAAACACAAA